AGGAACUUCCUGUGGAAAUUAACUCACAAUUGCCUCAAAAUAGGCAGCUACUGGAAGAAAAUCCCAGGAUAUGAACAGCACGGUGAAUGUGAGCACUGCCAACAAACCAACUCAAUCUCCCAUAUCCUAUUCGAGUGCCCCCAGAACCAUGGGGAGAGACUAUGGACAAUCACCAAAGGAUUAUGUGACCAAAGAAAGAUUCCCUGGCCCGUGAACCUCGACAUCUUGUACAUCAUGACUGCCCCGAUCAUCGAGAUCAAAGCUGCUAGUGGCCAAUCAAAAGUUGGCGAGACAAGACUUUUCUGCAUCGUAGUCCUAGAGUGCGCAUGGCAACUAUGGAAAGCCAGAUGCCACAGGGUGAUGAACCCUGAUCGCCCCCAAACCACCUAUAAGGAAGUUAAGAAUUCCCUAAAAGCCGGCCUUAACGACAAGCUCCACCAGGACAUAGCCCUAACAAACCAAAAUAAGUACGGACACAAGGCCCUCCCACCAAAACUAGUGCUACACACCUGGAGUGGGAACCUACAGAAUGAAGAGAGUCAACCAGACAACUGGCUGAGCAGCAGUGGGGAUUGA